CUUUGUUAGGGUGGGGGGCUGGAGGUUGAGCUUGGGUUUGGAGGAGGCGGUUGUGGGCGUGGGAGGAGUAGAUGUUGGGGGAGUGUCAGGCCUUACUACUUCCUAUUUCUUUGCAGACACAUAUUUCUGAUAGGUGGCAGUGGUUGCCAGAUUCUGAGCUUUGGACUUCUCAGGACAUGAUUGCUUUGGGUGACUGUCACAAUCUUAUCUGGCACAGACAUGUUCUCUUGAAGGUGUCGAUUCUUGCAUGGAGACUUCUGAGGGAUAGGUUGCCAACGAAGACAAAUUUGGUUACUCGAGGUGUCAUUUCAGUAGAUGCUCGCUAUUGUGUAUCUGGAUGUGGUGAUGCCGAAUCGGCACAUCACUUAUUUCUUACUUGCGGUUUUUUCGGUUCUCUCCGGCCGAUGGUUCAGGAUUGGAUUGGUUCUACGGCGGUCGAUGCCAACAGCUUACAUGAUCAUUUCGUUCAGUUUACUCAGUCAGUUGGUGGUCAGCGAUCACGGCGGUCUUUUAUGCAGCUUAUUUGGCUCGCUUGUGUUUGGAUUUUGUGGCAUGAGAGGAAUCACAGGUUAUCCAGGAACUCAGCUUCUUCUGUACAUCAAAUGUUGGACAAGGUCAAAUUGUUUUCAUAUUGGUGGUUGAAGUCGGCACAUGCCUCUUUAGCAAGGUUAUCAAAACCGGCCGGUCGGACCGGUCGGAUCGUGAACUGGUCAUGA